CAAAUGCGUCAAAGACAUUCAGCAUGCGCUUCUCGAUCGUAAUUGUUCUUUCCGUCCUAGGAUGCCUCCUGCUUAGCCAGGAGGGCAGUAGCAGCACAUCUACAUCCUCGACGACGACCACAACCACCGACUCCUCUGCCACCACUACCACGGCUUCGUCCGCCACCACUACCACCACUGCCUCUUCCGCAUCCACCACGACCACUGCCUCCUCCUCAUCCUCUUCCUCUGCGGAGGCCAGGAGGCGCAGGCGCGCCCGUCGCCGUCGUCUGGCGCGUGAGAGGCAACGAAGGGAGCGCAGAAGGCAGCGCAGGACUCAGAGGCUGCGCCAGCAACUGGAGAAUCAACGUCGACAGAUCAACCAGCUGAGCGGAUGAAGGUCUUCGGAAAGACUCGGCUUAUGACAAUUUAGGAAAAGCUGUUGUAAAUAUGUGAAAGCUAAAUUCUUUCAUUGUUCAAGUUCGCCAAGAUAAUAAAACAUUUGAUUGU